AUGAACUCGAGUGAGUCACACAAGGAUGUGGUCUACGUCGAUGCCACUCGUUUCUUUAAAGUAGUGCGCAUCUUGAAUGGCCAGGUUUCAUUCUCGCGUCGAGCAAUGACUAAACUCAUCGAGGACAACGUGCCGAAAGGGGCGGCUGCGACGAUUGCCGCUUUGGAAGCACGAGUCGCUCAAUUGGAGGGUCAGAAAAGGUCGAACGUGGAGGACAGUAAACCUAAAAAAUCAAAAAAGGCUAAAAUUGUGAAUGAAAGUAAAUAA